GCUGUUCCCUCCCUUCCCUGGAAGUAGUGCGGGGGCCCUGAUCUAAGGCUGCAUGCGUCGGACCGUGGGACCCAUUUCUUGUUCUCAUCAGCCCCCCUGUGUUGUAUCGCGCCGGUCGCCACGUCAGCCAGGACACCGCGUGGCAAGGCAGACGGGGGCUCCCAUCCAGCUGGCCAACGCUUUGUGUGAAAUCCACGUGUCAUCACCUGGCUUUGGCUGAUGCUCGGUGAUGCGACAUCCACGUGUCAUUUCUUGCCUUGGGUUUCCUCAAGUGUCCUUCAGCCAACCUGUUCGUUCGCUGCCAGUCCUCCUGUGCUCUCAUAUUGGUCGCCGACUUGUGUAGUUGUGGGUGCGCGCGCGCGCGUGUAUCUGUGUUUUCGUGUGUGUGCGAGAGAGAGAGAGAGAGAGAGAGAGAGAGAGAGAGAGAGACCGUUGGACGAUGUGCUGUCUGGCUUGUGGAGUAGGUGUAUGUUGUGAGUUGAGAGAGCAGAGUGGGGUAGUAGAGCAAGUGGCAAGGCUUGAGAGGGAGGGGUGGAGGAUGCUGGUAAUUACGUCGGAGAAGGAAACAACACGAGCUUGAAGUGUUGAGUUAUGGCGAAAUGAUCGUGAGGAAGGUCGAAUAGUGAGGGCAGGUCAGGUGGUGAGCGGACAAGGGGGGCUUACAUUACGUGUGUACAGUAAAAACGGGUACAUGCAUCUUUGUUUAAAGACUUGGGAGAGGGAUAUCGCCGACGUGGUUGUUGAAAAUCAACUGGAAAAGUUGGGGCGUAACCAUGGAGAUUGCCACCAGCGGAAAGGCCAUAGAUCUGCUGGUGGAGCGCGUUCUUUGUAUGAAUAUUUUAUCAUCGGAUUAUUUCAAGAAUCUAUACCGGCUAAAGACAUUCCAUGAAGUCAUCGACGAAAUAUUCAAUGAGGUGGACCAUGUGGAGCCGUGGAUGAGUGGGAACUGCCGAGGGCCGUCUACAGCCUUUUGUUUGUUGUACAAGUUCUUCACCAUGAAGCUGACGGUUAAGCAAGUCCAGGUGCUGUUGAAGCAUGCAGAUUCGCCUUACAUCCGUGCGAUAGGGUUUCUCUACCUGCGGUACCUGGCAGACCCGAAGACUUUGUGGAGCUGGUGUGAGCCCUACCUGAGAGAUACUGAGGAAUUCUCACCAAGUACAACAGGGAAAACGACUACAAUGGGAGCGUAUGUCAGAGAUUUACUGCUUGACCAGUAUUACUUUGACACACUGUUUCCCCGGAUUCCGGUGCCUGUGAUGCGACAAAUAAUAUUAAAUCUUGAGCGAGCAAGCUUGCCAACGAAGGCCCUUGGCAGUGGUGGCACGGGCACUGGAGGCAAUCGGUAUGUGUCAGAUGAGCCUGCCCGUCGUCCUCCAUCUGUUAAAGCAGCUCUGUCUGUUUCAUUUGGGCAGCGGGCACCACACAGGGCAUCGACUCGAGAUGCUUCUCCUGUACGGCGCAGUGUGAAUGCUGCCAAGGAAUCACAAAGAGACUUGAUGGAUGCCGACAGGGAGAGGGAAAGAGACAGAGAAAGAGAAGGCUCUCGUGGCCUGUCAAGGGAUCGUCCAGGGUCUGGAGAUCGGGAAGGUAGGGAUGGGUUCCUGGAGCGAGGAGGUUCGAGGGAUAGGGACGGUUAUAGAGAUCGCGCGAUGGCUUGGGAACGAGAUGGCUAUCGAGAUCGGGAUGGUGUUAGAGAGAAAGAUGGAGACAGGGACCGGGACCGAGAUAGGGAGAGGGAUAGAGAUCGUGAUCGGGACAGAGAUACUGAGCGGGACAGAGACAGGGACAGAGAGAGAGUUCGAGAGUGGGAUCGCGAACGUGACAGAGGUGCAUAUCGGGAUGGACACCGUGAGAGAGAUGAUAGGAGCCGUGAGAGGGAAGGGCAAAGGGAAAGGGACCGUGUUAGGGAUCGGGAGAGGGACCGUGAUCGCGAUAGAUAUGACCGGUACAGGAAGCGGGAUAGGCCGUAUGAUACCCAUGAUUAUGAUCGGGAGAACUGGCGGAGCAGAAGUCGCAGCCGCAGCCGAAGCGCUAGCCUUGGCCCUAGCAAGAACAGAGCACCUUACCGUGGCAGGUCGAGGAGCCCUGCGGAGAAGAAAGAGGAGAACGCCCUGUUAGUCAAUUUGCAGAAACUGAGGGAUGUUUACGGGGAUGCCAGCGGGCCUAAGUCCAAGCAGAGUGGCAGGUCAAGGAGCCCUGCAGAGAAGAAAGAGGAGAACACCGUGUUAGUCAAUUUACAGAAACUGAGGGAUGUUUACGGGGAUGCCAGCGGGCCCAAGAGCAAGCAGAUUGACUAUCCGAAACCUGUUGGGGACUCUUCCACAGAGGAUGUGAUUCGGUUAGGAGGCGCAUCUUGGAAAUGAACUGGCAAUGAUAGUGAUGUGUUUCCUGUUGUUUACUAAUGUUAACUCUCCCGGCUAGGUUUGCUUGCCCAUAAGGGCUUUGUUUUGCUCAGAAUCCCCCCUCUGUGGUGUCAGAUUCAUCUUUCCUUUCUCGCCCUGCGUGCCCCCCCCCCACUCCCCACCCCCCACCCCCUCCCCCAAAAAGGAGUUUGGAUUCUUUGGAAGGUGUUUGGGAGCUGUAUGGCUGCAAUGGGGUUCUGGGUCUUUCAGUAGUUGUUAAAUAUGCUUAACAUUUGGCCUUUAGAAGCAUUCUUGCUGCAAGGGCUUGUUGUGAGUUGCUGCCAUGAUAUGAUUAGCUCGAGACUCGUUGGGAGGGAAAGCCGAUGCGAUAGCGAUCCUGGGUCUUGUCGUCGCUUUCCAUAUUUGUGGCAAAUUCUUUUUGCCUGUGUCUCCUUGUUCUGCUUUAAGGAGAUGCAUGGCGAACGUAACAGUGAGCAUUGGUUGGUUGUUGCAUCUUCUCGGUCGUGGCAGCGUUUACUACGCAUUGUCUGUUGAUCCUUGAGGCAUUGACAAGGCUGCCUGGUUUGCUGCCCGACAGACGGCGUUUAAAAAUGUCAACAUACUUGCGGCAGAGUUCCAUGUUCGUCAUGAAUCGCAGUGAGGAUUUACGUGGGAAAGCUUCUCUCUUCCAAUAACACGUUGUUCUGCGGCUGCAGUAGCAUGAGCUUUGUGUGCGCGAGGACCUCGGCUUUUUCCUCGAACGUGUAUCGGAACGCAGUCUUCGUUGCAGCUGGCUUGACCCUCUCUUCUGCUCCUAUAAGUCUCUCUGUUCCGUUCUUGCGAAAGUAGACGUCCAGUCUGUGAUCCUGAGUUUAGACACACAGAACAGGGGGGGUGCGGAGCCUGCAGGCUUGUCGUGAGUAUGCGGCAGAGUUUCGCUUUAUGAGCGACAUAAGGCUGUUUGGUUUGUUCUUAAGCUUCUCAGGGGUUGCAUGGUAAUGCACUGUGUAUAUGCCAGGUAAGGGAGAACAUGCCUUGUUCAGUCAGGCUUGUGGAAUGCAUAUCAGAGCCCGUUGUGUCCCGGUUAGGUGCACUGAUGAAACAGGCGAUUGGUUCUUGGCACAAUCAUCUUUGGUUAGAUAGAUGUUUGCGCCUUUUGUGGUUUGUGUGUGUCAUCCUUUGUAAAGCGGUCGUCUCUUUGUCCUUUUUUGUACUCUUAAAGGAUGUACUGAAGGAUGGAAUAUGACCAUCGUACAUCUGCGAACGACGGCCUUUCACCUACCUACAUUGAAAACAGAACACAGACCUCUUGAAGCUGUCUACUGCGGGGGUGGAGGUUCGUCAGUCGUGAAGAUAGAGAAACGAAGUGUUGGAUGAUGACGGCAUAGGGGCUCGCUUGACCACCACUCCCCAGAUGUGAAAACGAUCAAUGAAUAGCAAGCACCUUUUCUCCACCACCUAGCUGCAGAUACGCCUGCCAUUUUACUCAUUUGGAGAGUUGCGCAGUGCAGCUUGGAUUGCUUUCCCUUGAUUUCUCAGGCCAAGGACGAUGGAAAUGCUUGGUGAAGUGCCUCUCUCUUGUAUUGCCUGUAUAUGUAUUGGCAUGGGGGUUUGACGAUAGAAAUUUAGUCGGAAAUCGAGGUCCAAUGUACUCUCUUGUUCUGUCCCGCUGCGACUCUCAAUACUGUCAUACUUUGGAGAUGGGAUUUGUGUAGCAUAGGGCUCUGUUGGGGGUGAUCAUAAUAAACACAUUUAUUUGCUUCUUUUGUGGUUGCUGGGCAUAAUAGGACAUCAGGAUCUUUUCCGUUGUACAUUUCAACGUUCAAACGCAUCUAAAUAGUGAAUGGUGUUGUUCGCUCCUGAUGGAAGGUACAAUCUGCGGUUAUCGUCUGGUCAUGGCUUUUCCUUUUUAGUAUGGUCCGAUGGACCGCAGAUUUUUUAACAUUGUCCGAUGGUCCGCGGAUCAGAUAUUAAACU